UUUACAUAAAAAACAAUCGCGCACAAUAAACUAAAGCAACAAGAGUAACAAAAAUGUUCAUACAAUGGACGACGGUGCGGUUGGUUAACUAAGAAAAUUAACGUAAUCCUCCAAUGGUUCAUGGAAAUAACCAACAACAACAAUCAACUUUUUACGAUGGCAACAUCACCACGUUCGGUGGACACCAUAUCACUAUGUUCCACCGUCUCUAGUUGUCCCGAUCGUAAUGGCUUUUAUGGUGGUUUUCAACGUACUGACAAACCAAAAGAACCCUUAUCAAAAGCACAAAUUAUAGCUAGAGAAAAGAAAUGGUUAUAUAUGAUAGAUAAUUGGUCUUUAUAUAUGUCCAAGAAUUAUAAAAAGAUUCGUGAUCGUUGCCGCAAGGGUAUACCAAAAUCAAUCAGACCUCGUGCUUGGUUCUUUUUAUCUGGUGCCUAUUUGCUUAAAAAGAAACAUCCCAAUUUAUAUAAAGAACUUUUAGAGAAACCGGGAAAUCCUCAUGUCAUUGAAGAGAUCAAAAAAGAUAAACAUCGUCAGUUUCCGUUUCAUGAAAUGUUUUUGGAUGAAGAUAAAGUUGGUCAAAUUGAAUUGUUUAAUGUCUUGAAAGCCUAUUCGAUAUAUAAUCCCAAAGUGGGAUUUUGUCAGGCUCAAGCACCAAUAGCAGCUUUUCUCUUAAUGCAUUUACCAGCUGAAGAUGCAUUUUGGGUUUUUGUUAGCGUAUGUGAUGUCUACUUGGAAGACUAUUUCAUAAGCGGCUUAGAGGUUCCAAACGAUGCUGGUAUCUUAGAGGGCCUUUUAAAGAAAACCUGUCCACCCGUCUAUCGACACUUACAGAAGCACAAAGUUGAGCCUUUACUCUAUAUGACCGAUUGGUUUCUAUGUGCCAUGACCCGUACAUUACCCUGGGAAACAUUACUACGGGUUUGGGAUUGUUUUCUAGCCGAGGGUAUACGUGUCAUUUUCAAGGUAGCUUUAGUUAUACUGGGAGCCUCACUCAACAGUCACAAAAUACGCAAACAAUGUAACGGCCUUUGUGAAACACUUGAAGUGUUACGAAAUCCUCCCGACAAUGUACUCGAUGAGGACUUUAUUAUUAAUCACAUGCAACGUUUGAACUUACGCGUCGAAGACUUUCAAAUCGAACAUACACGUCAAAAGACACGACGAGCCAAACAGAAGGCUUUACAGGAGGCAGCUGCGGCACAACAUUCAAAUACGAGCACAUUUACACGCAGCCGUACAACUAGUCCAACCAAUAUGUCAACCACAAAUAUGUCGACGACGGCAACGACGACAACUACAGCACAAACAGCUAGUGGUAAUGUAACGGUAGUAAAUAUUUCAAGUGAUCAUUCGUAUGCCUCCUCAAAUGGUGGCGCAAGCGCUGCAGGUGCUACUAGUAAUGGCGGUGGUGCUGAGGGUGGUGUUAGUUGUAGCAGUGGUAAUGGUAUUGUUAGUGUUUCCACAAAUAAUCAUCAUUCAUAACUUUUAUAAAUAAUAUUUUUAGUUAUAAUACGAAUAUAUAGAUAUGCACCUCCCCGGUAAAACGCUGAGCGUUUAAAAAUAUUCCGUUAAAUGUUUUAAAUUAACAAUUGUUUUAGUUUUUUUUCUUUUUGUUUAAAAGAUUUUUAAAGGAUUUAGUUAAAAGUUAAUAAGAAGAUUUCAAAAGGAAUGUGUAUGAAAUCUUUAGGCUAAAUUAUAGUGGCGAAUAAAACCAUUAGAUGUCAUUUUAAAAACUUUAUUGUUUAAAAAUUAUAUUUUAAGAUUUGAAUAUGAGAUUAAAAACCCUCUCACUGUACGAUUAUCUGUUGCUUAAGAGACCUUAAGAGGCUCUUGCAAAAGGCUAUUUUUCCGGUUGAUUUGUAAUGGUUUUAUUUCAAUAAUUUUGGCCAAGUUUAGUUACAUUUUACUGAACUUCUUUGUACAUUGAAUUAAAAUUUUAUUUAAACUUUAUCUUAUAUAAAUAUAUAUUUAACUAUUUAACUAUCCUCCUCCUUCCCUACUAAAUAAAUAAAUAAUUGAAGUAACAACAACAAUCAAGCACUUUUAGUAUAGAAAUUUAACAAUUUACUCUUUGUAUAUAAAUCGAAUAUUUUUUUUUUUUAAAGCAAACGAUAUAUAAACAUCUAUUAACAGAAACCUUGCAAACAAGUGCACAACUUAUUAAAAAGAAAAAGAAAUACUAAUAUUAAAUAAGUCAAUUAGUUUUAAUUUCAUUUAUUUAAAAA